AUGGCGAGCCCCCAUGACACCAUUGCUGGUGCGUUCAAGAGGCUCAAAUCUUCAAUCUCCCAACAAGAUGCGCAUAACUUCACCUCAACAGAGCUAAAAGAUGUAUGGGUGGCUGUUCGCCAGAUCGAUAGCACACAAAGACAACGGCAAUCUGGUCAGAAUCUACGUCGUAUCGAACCUUUCUUGCGAGGUAUUGAAAAGUACUCGAAGAUAGUUGAAGUUUUAUGCAAUGGCACACCUUACUUGUCGUUCAUAUGGGCUCCAAUUAAGCUUAUGCUUCAGAUCGCGAGUCACCAUCGUGAUAUUUUUGAGGCCUUGAUCUCAGCAUAUGUUGAUAUUGGUGAAGCCUUACCACGAUUUGACCGAUAUCAAAAGGCAUUUGAUAACAAUGUCGAAUUUCAGCAAUCCCUUGCUACUGUAUAUACUAACAUUCUGGAAUUUCAUCAGCGCGCUUACAAAUUUCUUCGACAAAGAGCUUGGCAUGUUAUCUUUCUUUCCUUUUGGAAGGAUUUCGGGGGCCGAUUUGAUUCUAUCAUCAAUUCUUUAAAGAAACAUCGAGACUUUAUCGACAUAGAGGCCGUUUCUUUUGAUAUUGUCGAGUCCAGAGAGUCACGAGUUAAAAUGCAAGACGACAUACGGCUGAGACAGAAGCGAGAGUUAGAAAUGGUCGAAGAGAAUGAAAGGAUUGCGAAAGCUAAUCGUUUGCAACAUGCCAUUGCAUGGUUCACUCUUGAUGGGAAGAAUCAAGAAACCGAGCAUGACAGAAUCUCCAAAAAGCGUCAUGAUAAGACGUGCGAAUGGAUGGCAGGGGAACAGCAACUUAAGAGUUGGAUGGAGAAUAACACGGAAGAUCCGUGCCUCUGGCUUCAUGGCAAGCCGGGAUCAGGCAAGAGCGUUAUAUGCUCGUACAUAAUCCAAAGAUUGAUAGAGAGGCCUGGAUUGACUACAUGUUAUUAUUAUUGUGAAGGCCGCAGCUCUGGCAAUGUUUGCCAGCAGAUCCUAACAACCGUUGCAAUUCAACUUCUUAGGCAGCACCAUGAGAUUUCCACUCUGGUUGCCAAUGAGUUUGUCUAUCGAGGGGUAGACUGUACAAUGACUCAGCUCAGAACUUUAGUCCCACAGCUUCUACAGACUGUUGCAUCUACAAGAAUCGUUAUAGACGGCUUGGAUGAAUGUUCAAAAGAAGAUCAAAAAGUGAUAUUGAAAGAACUUCGCACUAUUUGUAUUGUUCCAGCGCUGCAAUGCAAGGUUUUAUUUUCUAGUCGAAAAGAAGCACACAUUCGCCAAAAGCUUCUCAAACAACCCUACAUCGCUCUAGACAGCCGCCAAGAAGUCAAUCAAGACAUUCGUUCUUACCUGAAAUACAAAGUAUCCAAACUUGACACUUCCGAUCAGGACUUAUUGGAGAGAAUUGAAAAAACUUUGAUGGAAAAGGCGAAUGGUAUGUUUUUAUGGGUUCGGCUAGUUUUAGACGAGCUCAAAUUUUGCUACAGUGAUGAAGCAUUAGAAAGGGCAGUCAUGGGCUUACCGAAAGGAUUGAAGGCAGCGUAUGGUCGAAUUCUCGACAGAAUCAUGGAUCCUAGCAACCCCGAGACGGCAAGAUUCAUGGCUAUUCGUAUUCUGGAAUGGAUGGCAUGUUCUUAUCGAGUACUUAAAAACUACGAAAUCCUUGAUGGAGUUGCAAUUGAUCGUUCAAAUUGGGCUCUUACGUCUAAAACAAAAAUCGGAAAAAGAGCAUUGGAUCUCUGCCGUCCUCUUAUAGAAGAGGGCCCGGCAAAUACAGUCGAAUUCGUGCAUUUCUCAGCAAAAGAAUAUCUACUUGACGAAGAGUAUCAAGAGAAGCUGCCAUUUCUGUCACGUGAAAGCGCACAUCUCAACAUCUCUUUCUCUUGCAUCGCUAUAAUGAAUUCCUGCGACAAUUUAAUUCCAAGUAACUUCACAGAAGCUCAAAGGGCUACUGUCGUCGUAAAAGGAUUUCAUGGUCUGCUCACGUAUGCCAUUGCGUUCUGGUACAAGCAUCUCCUAGAGUGUUUUCAGAAGCAUGCUCAACUCCCGACAGAGCUUCUAGAUCAACUGCAAUCUUUGUUACGCUAUAGGAAAGAAAUCACCCUACCAAAAGACACACAAGAAAAUACUGGAGCUAUCACCGAGAAUCAGGGUUUGCAAGGUUUGAGUCAUUUGCCUGAAAUUAAAAUGUUAAUGUUAGAUAUUCUUCGGUUUAAAGCCCGGUCAAAGUUGCACUUGGAGGCUUCUUUAGACAAGUCUCCGGAAAGAAUCUCACUGGAUUUAUGUGAAAUUGAUCCAACUCACUUAAGUGCUAUUGGCCACCAUUUUCAACAAACGAUCGAGUCUCUGUUGGGAACAAAUGCUCCGGCAGAGUUUCCUAAUAUCAACCAGAUGGAUAUCCAAGUUCUUCGAGAGACUUAUGGCGCCUCAGUUUUCCUAUGCAGAUAUGUAGAAUGUGUCCGUAAUGCGGACGGCUUUGCAACUUCUUCUCAACGGGACAAGCACGAGUCACAUCAUCAACGUCGGUAUCAAUGCGCACACUCUUCAUGUGCUUAUUUCACGAUAGGGUUUGUUACACGAGCUCUCCUAAAUAAACAUAAUCAGAAGUAUCAUUCCCUUACCACGAACGAAGAGUCGCCCAGCCUUGCAGAAAUCCUUGCGCCCAAGACAGAAUCCCUUCUUGUGGAUGCAUACCCGUAUGUUGAGAUGGAGCUCAACCUACCAAUAUCUGAAUAGUUUGUUGAGAUGGAGCUCAACAAUCCCACCGAUAGAUAUAUGGAUUUUCCUACUAGCUUCUUCGAUACAGUGUUCC